AUGAAGGCUGAGGUUGUGCAGCACGUGGAGGUCACCAUGACCAACACUCACUUCAGCCGAGAUGCAACCUCACCAAGACUUCUCCUCAACCCUGUUGCCUCCGUCAACAAGCGACGCUUCGGCAUCGCCCUCGACGGUCAAGUCAAGGACCAGGACGCCAACUUGGCAUCGUCUACCUUGGUGGCAGAAGGUAAGAACGUCAACGACGCCUUGGGCAUCAUCGUGUCUUACUCUGUCCGCGUCAAGCUCAACUGCGGCGCCAUUGCCGGCGACCUGACUGCCGACCUUCCCUUCAAGCUGGUGCACCCCGACCCUGCCUCCGUCAAGGCUCCACUGCGCAAGACUCAGUCUGCCGAUAUCGAAGUGGAGGAAUUCACCAACUUGCGCCGUGGUCAGUCCAUUGCUGAGGACUAA